AUGCCUGGUCAAAAAAUUCUUUGCGUUGCAGAGAAACCUGCGAUAGCCAAGGCAGUUGCACAGCAUCUCGCUGGCGGCAGAGUCUCCACGCAUCCUAUACGAGGGAAUCAAUAUGUCAAGAAUUACGAGUUUGAUUUUAAUUUUCGACAAUGGGGCAACUGUUCAGUGACCAUGACCAGUGUACUUGGUCACUUGACAGGUCUAGAUUUUGAUCCACAAUAUAAAAGCUGGAAGUCAUGUCAGCCUGGCCAACUGUUCGAUGCAGAAACUGUGACCACCAUUGCUAGUGACAAAAAAGCGGUCGCAGAGAACAUCAAGCAACAAGCCCGGUAUGCCAGAAUUCUCUUUAUUUGGACCGAUUGCGAUCGCGAAGGCGAGCACAUCGGUGGCGAAGUACGUGAUCAAGCAAAGAAGGGGAAUCCCAAUAUCACCGUCAAACGUGCAAGGUUCAGUAAUACCGAAAGAGCCCAUGUUAUUCAGGCUGCAAAUUCUCCCAUUGAUAUGGACGAGCGUCUAGUCAAUGCAGUAAUAGCCAGAAUCGAACUUGACUUGCGGAUUGGAGCGUCCUUCACGAGACUCCAGACUUUACAGCUCCAGUCCCUGAGUGAGAGUCUAAGUCAACCACUAAGCUACGGAUCAUGUCAAUUCCCCACGCUUGGCUUUGUCGUCGACCGCUACCAUCGUGUUAGGAAUUUUAAACCAGAAACAUUUUGGUGUAUCAAAUUGACACAUGUUCGGGACAAAGUUAAAGUCAUGUUCAAUUGGAGAAGGGGUCAUUUGUUCGACCGGGCCGCCGUUACCAUUAUAUUCGAGUCAUGCUUGGAUGAAAAGAAGGCGACGGUCACCAAAGUGCAAAAGAAGCCCACUUCGAAAUGGCGUCCUCUUCCUCUCACCACGGUAGAACUGCAGAAGCAGGGCAGUCGCUUCCUUCACAUGACGAGUCAGCAGGUCAUGUCAGCCGCGGAAAAGCUGUACCAGAAAGGCUUCGUCAGUUAUCCCCGCACUGAAACCGAUCAAUUUCCGCGAGACUUUGGCUUCGAUCCCAUCAUUCAGCGUCAGGUACAAGAUAACAAUUGGGGCCAGUUUGCGCAAGCUCUUCUCGACGGAGGAUUUCGAACACCUCGAUCAGGAAGCCACAACGAUCAGGCACAUCCUCCAAUCCACCCUGUCAAUUACGUGGCAGCUUCCGCGCUUGACCAAGACCAAAAGAAGGUAUACGAGUUUGUUGUACGACGGUUUCUUGCUUGUUGCUCGGAAGAUGCCAAAGGUGAAGCCACAGAUAUUGAGGUCCAGUGGGGGUCAGAAUUCUUCCAUACUCACGGACUUCUUGUUCUGCAGCGCAACUAUCUCGAUGUUUACGUCUACGACAAGUGGGAAAGCAGUCAGCAGUUGCCUGUUUAUACCAUGGGCGAGACCUUCGAACCGACCGAAGCAACCCUGGCAGAUGGCAGAACCACUGCUCCAGGAUAUUUGACUGAGCCGGAGCUAAUUUCAUUGAUGGACGCUAACGGAAUUGGCACCGAUGCUACGAUGGCUGAACACAUUGCCAAAAUCCAGGAACGACUAUACGUCGAUACCCGGCCACGCUCUGGGGGUGGACGUAACGCCGUGCAGGAAUUCAUUCCAACUACACUUGGCGUCGCCCUGAUUGAGGGCUAUGACAACAUAGGACUUGAUGUCAGCGUCAGCAAACCUUUUCUUCGGAAAGAGAUGGAACUCAAAAUGAAGGCGAUUUGUGACGGUCAGCGGACUCGCUCUGAUGUUGUGCAAGAGAGUCUAGACCAAUAUCGUGAAGUGUUUUUCAAGACCAGCCAACAAAUUGCUAUUUUGAAGACCGCGGUGACGAAGUAUGUCGUGAAUAAUGGCGGCAGAGGGUAAAAAGUGAACGGUCGGCCUGAACGCACAGAUCGCCCCACACCGCA